CCUGAGCUGAGCUGAGCAGCCUGCCAGAGAAGAGAGAGAAUUAAUUAAUACAUUUUUUCAACUUGUAUUGUACCAGUGAAGAUGGUGACCUGUGGAACUCUGGUGAAGAUCUGGACAGCAGCAAUCGUCAUAGCAAUGCUGGUCUGGACAGAGACAGCAGAUGGAGAGAAGCUGUCGUCGUGCUGUAAGACAGUGACCAGGAGCGAGGUGACCGAUCCAAUCACAGGCUACUGGACUCAGCACUAUAACGCUCCCUGUGUACGGGCCGUCAUCUUGGAGACGGAAAAAGGCCUGAUCUGUUGUCACUAUAAACAACCCUGGGUACGCCGCAAGAUUCAACAGUUUGAAAUGGCCCGCAGGAGCUCAUCAUCUCCCUCUCUCUCCUCCUCUCCACCCUCUCUCACCUCCUCCCCUACCACUACCUCCUUACCUUCCUCUCCUCCCUCAGUCAACUUCUCUCCCCUGUCUCUCACUUCCACCCUUAGGUCUUUACCCUCCUCUCCCCCUUCUCUCUCCUCAUCUUCCAACUCUCUCACUUCUACCUCCUUACCCUCCUCUCCUCCUUCUCUCUCCUCCUCUCCACCCUCUCUCACCUCUACCACUACCUCCUUACCUUCCUCUCCUUCCUCAGUCAACUUCUCUCCCCUCUCUUUCACUUCCACUCUUAGGUCUUUACCCUCCUCUCCCCCUUCUCUCUCCUCCUCUUCCAACUCUCUCACCUCCACCUCUACCUUCUUACCUCCCUCUCCUCCAUCUCUCUCCUCCUCUUCCAACUCUCUCACUUCUACCUCUACCUUCUUACCCUCCUCUCCUCCAUCUCUCUCCUCCUCUUCCAACUCUCUCACUUCUACCUCUACCUUCUUACCCUCCUCUCCUCCAUCUCUCUCCUCCUCUUCCAACUCUCUCAUCUCCACCUCUACCUUCUUACCCUCCUCUCCUCCAUCUCUCUCCUCCUCUUCCAACUCUCUCAUCUCCACCUCUACCUUCUUACCCUCCUCUCCUCCAUCUCUCUCCUCCUCUUCCAACUCUCUCACCUCCACCUCUACCUUCUUACCCUCCUCUCCUCCAUCUCUCUCCUCCUCUUCCAACUCUCUCACUUCUACCUCUACCUUCUUACCCUCCUCUCCUCCUUCUCUCUCCUCCUCUUCCAACUCUCUCACCUCCACCUCUACCUUCUUACCCUCCUCUCCUCCAGCUCUCUCUCCUCUCCUCUGUCUGUUUCCACCUCUCUUCACUCACUCUUCUCCUCUCUUUUCCCUGCUUCCCCCUCUUCUCCCCCCGUAACUUCCUCUAACCCCUCUCUGUCCCGCUCUCCCUCCUAUCUCCUUUCCUCUCUUUUCCCUGCCUCCUCCUCUCCUCCCUCAAUCACUUCCUCUCC